AUGGAAAACCGCCUCCUUUACUCAUUUACGUUACUACUGGUUACCCUUAUCCAUUUCACAACAACUCUAGCUCAGUCCCAGGUUCCAUCCCCAGCACCUCUGUCACCAGCACCACCACUUCCAUCACCACCGACUCCAGCACCCUUGGCUCCAUCACCGCCAACUCCAGCACCCUUGGCUCCAUCGCCGCCAACUCCAGCACCCUUGGCUCCAUCGCCGCUGUCCGUGGUACCCCUGUCUCCAGCACCACCAGGCCCCACAAACAUUAUCACAAUCCUUGCUAAACCUGGCAUGUUUUCUGCUUUAAUUCGGCUACUUAAAACUACCCAAGUGGAUGAUCGAAUCACUUCACUGCUCAGUGACUCAAAAGGCGGUCUUACACUAUUUGCACCCACAGAUAAAGCCUUCGCCAACCUCAAAUCUGGCACUCUAAACUCCCUUGAUGAUCGGCAACAGGUACAGCUGAUCUUAUACCAUAUACUAACUUCAUAUGUUCCUGUCUCCCAGUUUGAAGCCGCUAGCAACCCACUCCACACACAGGCAGGCGACACUGCCAAUGGCGAGUAUCCUCUCAAUGUCACAACAGCAGGCAAUCAAAUCACCCUAAUGACAGGACUAGUUAAAACCACAGUAAGUAAGGUACUAUACACAGAUGGCCAGCUAGCUGUGUACCAGGUAGACGAUGUGCUUCUUCCAAUGCGUAUCUUUGCUCCAUUACCACCAGCUCCUGCACCAUCUAAGCAUAAGAAGGCAGCAGAAGGUCCUUCAAGUCCUUUAGUUUCCUCAGAUUCUUCCACUGGUAGUGGUGGCACUUCCGUUGUUCCUUCUGGCUCAGUGGCUUUGGCCUGGCAUUCAGUUGUUUGGUUUGCAGGACUGGCUGCAGCAAUUACUUUGUGCUGA